GGGCUAUCAGAAGCAAAAGGCAAAGCUGGAGGUAUCGUGGAUCCAUUGCUUUCCUCACGAGAAAAAAGGUGAAGACAAGUGAAGUGUUUGCUGAUUACCAGGGUGUUGUCUGAAGUGGCUCUCUCGUUUUAUGCAUUACCACUUGGGACCUGUGGACUAAUAGUGAUUGACACCGUGCCGACACUGCCAAUUCAAUUCAUCUAGCUGCCAUUCUGCAACUGGACUGUGAGCGUGGUAACAUUGUUUUCUUCUUCCAAACCUACAUGUUUUGUUUUGUUUUAAUUGACUUGAUUUUAAUUGUGCUUUGAUUGAUAUGGUGAUUUUCUGAUACGUUUUGCGCAAUCAUUCAGCAGCCCUAUCCUUCAAGAAUGCGUUGACUUUUUUACGUUGCAUAAUUGCUGUAGUGUUGCUCAGGUGGAGCCAUUAUGUGCUGUACUGAGAUUUAGAGAGAAUGAAAAGCAACCUCUCAGUGGCACUAUAAGAGAGUCAGCAGUGUGGAGCGUUUGUUCAUGGGACUAUUUUUUUUUUUUUUUUUUAAAAAACUGAGCUCCUAAACCUUUUAUUGUAAAAUGCAUUUUGUAUGACGUGCAAACACCAGGAGAAAUACAAGCAGGAUGGUACUUGGUGUAGUGUCAAAAGAACCAAGUGAGAGGAACCUCCCCAGUUAUGCUCAAGGGAAAGCCGCUCACCACACUGGAAGCACAGCUCUGAAAAACAGCUUUAAAGAGAUCACUGUGGCGUUUGUGACCAGGACGAAGGUACACGGGCUGAAAUAUGUCUUUUCGGGGGACAAGUCCAGACCGCAUCAAGUUCUCUGGCUCCUCGCCAUCCUGGUGUGCAUCGGGCUCCUGUGCACCUGGUCAUGGAACCGCAUACUCUACCUGCUCUCCUUCCCAGCUGUCACCAAGAUCCACAUGGUGUGGGCGUACAACAUGACUUUCCCCGCGGUGACCAUCUGCAACCAGAACUUCAUCAGGGUGUCGGCGCUGACCCAGGCCGACCUGUACCACAGCGGCUACUGGAUGGACAUCAUGCACCAGAACCACUCGGUCAACCGCCGGAGCGCGGCCAUGCUCCGGCACAGCACUCACCAUGAGCGGCUCCUGCGCCUGCUGGACUUCUCCGGCUUCAGCCCGCCGUCGCCCCAGCACCACUUCAACACCACAGAGAUGAUCGGCCGCCUCAGCCACCAGCUGGAGGACAUGCUGCUCGAGUGCAAGUUCCAGGGCGAGAACUGCACCUACAAGAACUUCACCCCUAUUUAUACAAGAUACGGAAAGUGCUACACAUUCAACUCUGGCUUGGACGGGAACCCCCUGCUCACCACGCUGAAAGGCGGCACGGGCAACGGGCUGGAGAUCAUGCUGGACAUCCAACAGGACGAGUACCUCCCGGUCUGGGGGGAAACAGACGAAACAUCCUACGAAGCAGGCAUCAAGGUUCAGAUCCACAGCCAAGAUGAGCCGCCCUUCAUAGACCAGCUGGGAUUUGGUGUGCCCCCUGGCUUUCAAACUUUUGUGUCAUGUCAGCAACAACUGCUCCAGUACCUCCCCCCGCCCUGGGGAGACUGCAAGUCAACCCCCAUCGACUCCGACUACUUCUCCACGUACAGCAUCACUGCUUGUCGCAUCGACUGCGAGACACGCUACCUGCUGGAGAACUGCAACUGCAGGAUGGUCCACAUGCCAGGAACUUCUACUGUUUGCACCCCAGAGCAGUACAAAGAUUGCGCUGAUCCCGCCUUAGAUUUCCUGGUAGAGAAAGACAAUGACUAUUGUGUGUGUGAGACUCCCUGUAACAUGACCCGGUAUGGCAAAGAGUUGUCCAUGGUGAAAAUCCCCAGCAAAGCCUCAGCAAAGUAUUUGGCAAAGAAAUUCAAUAAAACUGAACAGUACAUCGGGGACAACAUUCUGGUCAUGGACAUCUUCUUUGAGGCUCUGAAUUAUGAGAAGAUUGAACAAAAGAAAGCGUAUGAGCUUGCCGGAUUACUAGGAGAUAUUGGUGGACAGAUGGGCCUGUUCAUUGGCGCGAGCGUUUUAACAAUAUUGGAAAUAUUUGACUACUUAUAUGAGGUGUUUAAGGAUAAGGUACUGGGUUAUUUCAUACGAAAGAAAAGACCACAGCGCUGUCCAAGCGACAAUUUGGAAUUUCCAGAGAACCCAACCAGCCCUGGUGUCACGCCCAAUCAUGCCCCCAGAGCACCUGCGACACACUCCGGAGUCACUCGGACAGUCUCGGAUUCACGUCGAACAUGCUACCUCGUCACCCGACUGUAGGCAACUUCGAAGAGUUCGCCUGUUGACGACUCAAGCAGCAGGGCUGGGUGGGUUCAGGAAAACUAGGGUUAGACAGCAUACUGUGAAGUCAUAUAUUCAAGAAAACAAACAAAAAAAAUAGAAUACAAAACAAAAAACUCCAAACACAUCAGAAUUAUUCAAUCAAUCAAUGCCUGACAUACAAAUAUUAUUCUUUUCAUCAAGUCCAAACGAGUGACACUUCCAAACCAGAUCUCAGGUUUUACUGCCACCUGUGGGCAUCAAUGUGACACUACACGAUUUCAUUGCGUUUGUAUCCCUGCCACACUGUAUUUUAGUCGUUUCUGCGGGUUGAUGACCCUGAUGAAGACAAAAUGCCACCAUGAACAAAAAGAGAUGAAUAAUUUCAAGUAGGUCUUCAUUAUCUUAGUUUAUUAUUAAUUGUGACAGGCAGAGGGUGCUCAGAACCCAUUUCCAUUUUCAGACUUAAUUGACCUCACUGGGCUUUCACAUGCAGUAGGCGUUCUGUUACAAACUAGAAGAGUACCGGAAGUUGGUCUGGCCAACUUAUAGGAUCCGUCUGCUCAGUAAAAUCACAUAUUUGCCCAUAGCCUUUUGCACUCAUUGUUUAUUUGUUAUUAAAGUCAGAGUGUAGGUUCCCCUUUAUAACUAUACCAUCAUACCUCUCUUUCCCACCUUGCCAGUUUGAUCUUGAUUAUGACAUUUAGAAAGUUGGUUGCAUUAUAAUGCCAGGAUCAUUUUAUUAUUAGAGGUCAUUUUGUAUAAUGAAAAAGUCCAUGUUACUGAAAGUGGUCAUUUUGUGCAGCAAAACAGAUGGAGUUUCUAUACCAGUAUUUCUAUAUUGUAUGAAGGACCAACGCAGAAAUGCAGUAUGUUAAACUGUUCUAAAAGGUUGGUCAAAAAGCACCAUUAAUUUAACUACAUUGACAUCUAAUGAAACUCAAUUCCUCAAAAAUACUGUGACAUUUGCACAACUUUGAACUUUGCAAGGCAUUCAUUUUGAGGACAUUGACACAAAGCUGUCUCAUCUGAAACCACAACCCAGGUUUUGCACAACUACCCAUAUUUGAGUAACCUUAUUAUUCUCCCCCCUGGUAUCAUUCAGUGUAAAUUACUCCAUUUGGUACAAGUAUUUAGUCUGACUUGGCACAACCCAUUUGUAUGCUCUUCAGUUGGUUUUUCCUUAUUCCCACAAACAACUGCAGACAUUCAAAUAGACCACAAGUGUCUUCCAGUUGGCAUGGAGUCAAAUUUCUUUGACCGAUCACUGAGAACGAGAGCUUUGUUUUAGAUAGGCGGAACAUUACACAAUAGCUUAGAGCAAGCCUAGGAGAUAGCACCCAUCCUUCCCAUAUUAUUUAUUGUAUUUAUCUGCACUGUAUUAUUGCAUUGUUAUAUACAAUUGUAACAGGAUUUCUAGUACAUGUAUCACAGAAAACUAAAUUGUGGAGUGUAAAUGAAGUACUAUAAUAAACAAUAUAUUUAACCAUCUUGCUAUGUACAUAUCUUUUUAUCUAUGUGUCAGUCUAAUUUCUCGCAAUGUUUGUCUGCUUACUGCAGUAUUAAUCUUGAUGUAUUGCUACAUUUCUUGUUAUAUAAGGUACACAUUAUAUGUUUGUCAUAAACACAUCACUGUGCUCUUUGAAAGACAUGGUUAAAAUGCCAUCUGUUUGGAUAAUGCCUAGACUGUUUAUCCUGUGUAGAAACUGUUUUGUGGGCGAAUAACACUAUGUGGAGACGUUGUUUUUUUUUUUCUCAUCUGCAGCAACUAUUCUGACUCGCCAUCUUACAGUUCCAAUACACAGUUAAGUGCUCUGAAUGUGUCCAGCUUUAUUGAAAGUGUAAGAGUCUCCAAUUUCAGUACUCUGAUUCUCAGCUGUUCGUGUACUGGAUUGUUUUGCAUUGCAAUCAAGUAUAUUUAUUGGAUAGAUUUUAGUAAAUUUAGACCUUGAGACUUAUGCCACUGGUCUUGUGUGAUUUGACUGGGAUCAACUUUUAAUGUUUUUUUGUUCAUAUAUUGAUUAGCGAGUAACCAUUCUGUAUGUCAAGGGAGCCAUUUGUUUACCAGGAAACAGCAAAAUUAAAAGUUCCAAAUCCGGUCAACAGGAUGUAGUUUUGUUACAAGCAAUAAAAUGGACAACCACAACAAAAUGAAGUGACAAUAGCUCUCCAGAGUUACAGUCUACUAUAAAAAUCAGCAAUGCUAUCUUGUAAUGCAGUCGUCAUCUGUUAGCAAAGGCUACACUUAAUAUGGCAUUUGACGUCUUUGUGUUCGAUCAGUAUACAGUUGUAUAAGUGAACAAAUGCAACACGGCCCUAUAGAUUUGGAAAGAGAGGAUAAUAUGGUAUGUGUUCGACUGUAUUAAUUGUGUGUGUGACUUAAGUUGUUUACUCUGAGGUCACUGUUGAGUUUUGCCAACAGACUUUAUCUUGAUUUUUGAACACAAUCCCAUAUAAAUUUCAACAGCUUAUGGCAAAUAAAUUUCUCCUUCUUU